GUCAUUAGCAUAUCCAGUUAUAUCUGAGUUUUGAAACAAUACUAAAAUACAUUCUACCAAGGUGGACGAGUUACUUCCCGCUCUACUGGGUAGAAGUAAACAAUCACAACAACUGCUGCCUCAGAUUCAAGCACGUGAAAUGUGACUUGCUUGUCAUGGAUUUCUUCAUUGUUGUAUGUCUAAUGGAUUAAGUCCCCAAAAUUGUGUUAUACUCAAUUAACGGCUCAUGGUUUAUAUAAUAAAGUACCUACAAAAGGACCAUGGAAUGUUAUUGAUACCCAAUUUGAGAAUCAACACCGAACGGGGCUAAAAUCAACAUAUAACUACAGAGCCACGUACUGUCCACAACAAGGACAAGAUAACACAAUUCGAUUAAGGAUUGAUGAACCAAGAAUAGGAGCCUAACCUAACCUACAUAGAAGGCAACGUGGAAAAUCUACGAAUCAAGAAAAUGGAGCUUAAUAAACAAGAGAAACAUGAAGAUCAACAUUUAGGCCAAGAUGAAGAGCAAGACUUGCAUUCAUUGAAACCUAGGCCUAUGUCACCUAGUAUGGGUAAACGAGUAAGAUUACAAUAAGAAAAAGGUAAGAUGUAUAAUUUUGAUCUUCUGGUUGAUGAAUUCAAAAAACAAGAGAGAUUGUUGGGCAAGAUAAAUAAGGAAGCAGAUUUGGCACUUUCUAAAAAUGAUUGUAAUGUAGGCCUACUACAGGAUGUUGCAAAUAGGCUUCAAAUAGAAUUAAAGAAUAUUGACAUAACUCUCUCCAAAGUGAAAGAAUCAGAAAUACCAGAGGUUGACAUUGUACAGAGUUUAGAGUAUAAUUACUAGGAAAUAUUCUUUGAAAGUCACACUAGGUUAACAAAAUUAAAAGAAAAAAUGAAACAUGAACAAGAAGAUAAAAUGUCAAAUGUCUCUCUAAAGUCAAAGUCUUCAUCUAGUAGGUCACAUCAUACAAGUGUAAGUAAAUCUUCACGUGUUUCUAGUACUAAGAGAAUAGAACUAAGCACAAAACUGGCUAGGUUAGGCACAGAAAGAAAAUACCAUGACAUAAUGGAGAAGGCUAGAGCAGAUUUAAAGAAAUUAGAAAUUGACAAAGAAAUUGAAGCCACUAAUGCUGAGAUAUGUGCAGUUAAUAAAAUUUUAAAGGAAGAAAAUGAAACUGAUCCACAGUCAUGCUUGAGUUUUCCGUUAGGUGAAAAUAACCAACCCACUGAAGGUCUCUUGCACAGAUAUCUUGAGGAUAGUAGAGUUGUAAAUUAUUCAUUGUCAGGUUCCAGUGUACAAAAGUCCCUUUCCUUUGCUGGAGGUUUAGAUAGUAUAGACAAAGAUUUAGACAAAAGGAAGGCAGAAAUAAAGGGAAUGACUGAUCUAAAUCCAAAUGCUCAGGUGUUUAAAUUUCAAACAGAUUUCAUACAACCAGGGAAACCAAGGCUAGACCAUAAUUAUAAUUACCAGCCCAUAGGAUGCUCAUAGCCAAGUAAACUUAGGCUAGGCCAAGAAACAAACCGGAAGUCAGAUUUCAAAAUACCAAAUGAGCCUAGGCUAGGUUGUAGUACUAUAGAUGAGGCAUCCCAUGAGGUAAUAGGUGAACCUAGGUUAAUAGUAGAUCCCAAAAAUGCCUUCACUUGCAAUACACAACCUGAUGUUAAUAGACCAAGGCUACACACUCAUGAACCCCUGGCAGAUUUUCAUGAACAACCUAACAUUAUCAAUAAUGAUAACGUACAGUCCAGUCAAGUUUAUCAAUGGGAUAUUUUAAAAGGUUUUGCUGAUCUUCAAAAUCAGCACUUAGAGAAACUAGCCGACUUGUUUGCUGCAAGGCAACAUAAAAACAAUUUACCCGUUAAAGAACCAGAGGUAUUUUCUGGAGAUUUGCUGAAGUACCCUCAAUGGAAAGCAUCAUUUAUUACAUUAAUUGAAUAUAAAACAGAUGAUGCUGCUGAAAGAUUGUACUACUUAGGUAAAUAUACGGAUGGUCAGGCUAAAGCUGCCAUUGAUAAUCUUAUUUCUUUUGGCACCCAAGAGGCUUACGACAAGGCUUGGAAGAUACUUCAAAUAGGUUUGGAAAUAAAUUUAUUGUUGCUGAUGCCUUUAGAAGCAAGCUUGAAGGUUGGCCUAAGAUUACAAUUAAUGAUGGUCCAGGUUUGAGGAAAUUUUCUGAUUUCUUAGAACACUGUAAAACAGCCAUGGGAAUCAUAAAGUACUUAGCAAUUCUUAACGAUCCUAAGGAAAACAGACGUAUGUUACAGAAGUUGCAUGCUCAAAUUGCAGAGAGAUGGAAUUGUAUAGUAACUAAAAGAAUCACAGUUGGUGAAGAGGAAUAUCCAUCUUUUGAAGAGUUUACAAGGUUCAUAAGUGAUGAAGCCAAUAAGGCAUGUAAUCCAACAUCAUCUUACAGUGCACUUAAUAGGAGAGAUACAGUAUUUACACCUAAAGAAAAACAACCACAAUGUAAGGUUGCAAAGCGUACAUCAUUUGCUACUAAAUUUAAUGAAGUUAAUACUGUUACAAAUGCUGCAUCUGAUGAAAAUAAAUCUAAAAAUGAAAAACAAGCCGAGAGUAAAAUGAAUAUAGGAUUUACAUGCUAUUACUGUAGACAAAACCAUGAUAUGGAAAAAUGCCCAGAGUUCUUAAAACUUGAUCUUGCUCAAAGAAACCAAUAUUUGACAGAUAAAAAAAUGUGUAGAGGUUGUUUCAAGGUUGGUCAUUAUUCAAGGUAUUGUAAAAGACCAAGGAAAUGUAUUAAAUGCAAGAGGUGGCACCCAACAAUUCUCCACGAUGAAACUUUGAAUAAAAAACCAAGUUCUGGUGAUACCCAACAAGAACAGGCUGUAGCUGUAGCUAAUAGAAUUAAUGUUAACAGAUAUUUUUCAGCUGAUGUUCACUCAAUGAUUGUACCUGUUUGGUUAAGCCAUAGGAAUACAAAUAAUAAGGUCAUGGUAUAUGCAGUAUUGGAUGAUCAGUCAGAUGCUUGUUUUAUCAAGGAAAGUGUCCUAAGGUAUAUGAAUGUCAAUGGCCAAAAUUCUGUCAUUAAGAUAGCGACUAUGCUGGGUGAAGAGGCUAUAAAAAGUACUAAAGUAUUUGGUUUAUCAGUUAAGGGCGUAAAUGAAAAUAGUACUGUAAAUUUACCAUGUGUCUACUCUAGAAAAACUAUUCCUGCAAGAAGAGCACAAAUCCCUAAAAAAUGUUCAGCUUUAAGAUGGCCUCAUCUUGAGAAAAUUGCUGGAAGGCUAGUAGAGUAUAAUCCUGACAUUGAGAUAGGUCUAUUGAUAGGUAUAAACUGUAUAAAAGCUGUCAAACCUUUAGAAAUCAUUCCUGGGUCUGGAAAUGAGCCCUAUGGUCAGAGAACAGCUCUUGGAUGGGGAAUUAUUGGUAAUGUAAAUGUCAAUGAGAAUAAUUUAGAAAGUGAUGUUGUUGUUAAUAGAACUGUAGUUGAAGAAAUUGAAAUAAAUUCCAAGAUAUCAAAUAACAUUUUUACAGUACCAACCAAAGUAAAACAAGUGUAUGAGCCUCAUCAUGUCAGAGAGAUGUUUGAAUCUGAUUUCAUAAGUAAUGUUAAUGACGAUGAGGUAGCUUUGUCAGUAGAAGAAAGACAGUUUAUUGAAAUUGUUAGUAAUGGUAUUAAGAUUAUUGAUGGUAAACAGUUUAAAAUUCCAUUGCCACUCAAAGGAGGUGAUAUUCAGUUCCCAGAUAAUAAGUUAGUAGUCCAGAAAAGACUAUCCAACUUAAAACAAAAGCUUCAGAAGAAUGUAAGCAUGAGAAAUGAUUACAUAAAUUUCAUGAAGAAUAUGAUUGAUUAGGGUUAUGCUGAAAGGGUUCCUUUGAAUGAAACAUGUCUAAAUAAUGGAAAGGUUUGGUUUGUGCCACAUCAUGGGGUUUACCAUCCCAGAAAGCCUGACAAAAUCUGAGUAGUAUUCAAUUGCUCUUUUAUGUAUAAAAAUGUAAGUUUGAAUGAUUGUUUACUUCAGGGACCAGACUUGUCAAAUAGUCUAGCUGGUAUUUUGUGUAGAUUUAGAAAUCAUUCUGUUGCAUUUACUUGUGAUGUAGAAGCAAUGUAUCACCAAGUUUUAGUAAAUGAAGAACACAGGAAUCUUUUACGAUUUCUGUGGUUUGAUAACCAUGACUUAGAUGGUGACAUGUUCAAUAUAGGAUGACUGUUCAUCUUUUUGGUGCUAGAAGCUCUCCAUCUGUUGCAAACUAUGCUUUGAAAGCUGCUGCUGAUAGAUUUAAGGAUAAAACUACUGAAAAGGCAGCAGAAUUCAUUAAAGAAGACUUUUAUGUGGAUGAUGGCUUAAAGUCUGUAGCUACAGUGGAGGAAGCCAUAAACUUAGCCAAAGACAGUCAGAUGAUAUGUAAAAAGGGUGGUUUCCAUUUGCACAAAUUUGUUGCCAAUAAUGCUGAAGUUUUAAAGGCUAUGUAUCCUGAUGAAGUUGCUCAAUCAGUUAAGAAUCUUGAUUUAACGAAAGAUAAAUUCCCAGUGGAACGAACAUUAGGUAUGGAGUGGUGUACUGAAACAGAUACAUUUAAUUUUAAUGUCAAACCCAUUCAAAGAUCUAGUACUAGAAAGAAUGUUUUAUCCAUUGUUAGCUCUAUUUUUGAUCCUCUAGGCAUGAUAUCACCAUUCAUUCUUACAGGUAAGAAAGUUUUGCAAACCCUAUGUAAACAAGACCUUGGCUGGGAUGAUCCUAUUCCUGAAACUGUUAUUACUGAAUGGGAAAACUGGUUAAGUCAAUUACCCAAAUUGAAAGAUAUUAAAGUUGAGAGAUGUUAUAAACCAGCCAACAUGAAUGUCAUAGACUAUGAAUUGCAUCAUUUUUCUGAUGCUAGUGAAAAGGGUUAUGGUCAAUGCUCAUACUUAAGAAUGACAGAUGCAAAUGGACAAGUACAUACUAGGUUAGUUAUGGCUAAAUCAAGAGUGUCUCCCUUGAAAACUUUUACUAUACCUAGGUUAGAACUCACUGCUGCAUUAGCAUCAGUGAAGGUGAGUUAUUUCUUAAAAAAGGAGUUGAAGGUCAAUAUUAGUAAAGAAGUAUUUUGGGUAGAUAGUACAAUUGUUCUUGGAUACAUAGCUAAUCAAUGUAAACAGUUUAAGGUUUUUGUUGCAAACAGAGUUGCGCAAAUCAGAAAUCACACCUUACCUGAACAAUGGAGAUACUUUUCCUCAAGUGAUAAUCCUGCUGAUUUAUGUUCAAGAGGUAUGUCUGUUCAUGAUCUGACUAGUAACUAUAUGUGGUGGCAUGGACCUGAAUUCUUAAAACAUGAUAAUGCUGAUAAUGAAACUUUAUGUUCAUUUGGAGUUGCAGAUGAAGAUCCAGAAUUAAAGAAAGUGUCACUGGCAAUUAACACUGAUGAUAAUAAUUAUGCUACCAUACUUACCAGACUUGAUUACUUCUCAGAUUGGACACGUGCCAGAAGGUCAUUAGCUUUAUGUAAUAGGUUUAUUGAUAAAUUGAAACAGAAAUCAUUAUAUACUGAGUAUGUUCAUGUGUCUGUAGAAGAGCUAAUCAAGGCAGAAAUUACCAUUAUAAAAUUAGUCCAAAGAGAAGCUUUUCAAUAUGAAUAUCAGUUGUUAAGUAUAAGCAAUAACAAAUUUGAUAAAUGUUUAAGGAAAUCUAGCAAUUUGUACAAGCUUGAUCCAUUUAUUGGUAGUGAUGGCUUAAUAAGAGUGGGUGGUAGAUUACACAGAAGUAAUUUUGAUGUCCAUGUAAAAUAUCCUGUGAUUUUGCCAAAGAAUAGUCAUAUUACUGAAUUGAUAAUCUAUCACUAUCAUAAUAAAGUACACCAUCAAGGUAGAAAUUUAACUUUCAAUGAAAUUAGAUCUAGUGGUUACUGGAUUAUAAGUGGAUCAUCCUUAGUAGCGAAACAUAUAUCAAAAUGUGUUACUUGUAGAAAAAUUAGACAUGAUACUCUUACACAGAAGAUGGCCGAUUUACCAAAGGAUAGAGUAGAAAUGUCUUCUCCAUUCACUUACAGUGCAGUUGAUUAUUUUGGUCCAUUUAUAAUUAAGGAAGGUAGAAAAGAGCUCAAAAGGUAUGGUGUAUUAAUUACAUGUAUGUCAACUAGGGCAAUACACAUUGAAACUGCCCAUAGCUCAGUACAGACUCUUUCUUAAAUGCUUAUAGGAGAUUUGUUUGUAGAAGAGGCCAUUGCGCACAACUGCGUUCAGAUCAAGGUAGUAACUUUAUUGGUGCAAGAGAAGAGUUUGCAAAGUGCCUCCGAGAAAUGAAUGUUGAAAAUAUUAAAAAUGAAUUAUUAAAGGACCAAUGUGAUUUUAUAACAUUUAAAAUAGCCCACCUCAUGCAAGUCAUAUGGGUGGUGUUUGGGAGAGACAAAUAAGAUCUGUUAGAAAUAUUUUGAAUGUAUUGCUAUCUAACAAUAGUAAAAUUUUAGACGAUGAAUCUUUGAGAACAUUCAUGACUGAAGCAGAAAAUAUUGUAAACGGGCGACCAUUAUCCACAGAUAACUUGAAUGAUCCUUUAAAUGUAGAACCUUUGACACCUUAUCAUUUUCUGACAUUGAAGUCUAAGGUAGUCUUGCCUCCUCCAGGUAAUUUUGUAAAAGAGGACAUGUUUUCAAAGAAAAAAUGGAGGCGCGUACAAUAUCUUCUUAAUCAGUUAUGGAAAAGGUGGCAAAGAGAAUACUUACAAUCGUUACAAAUACGCCAAAAGUGGUUAAAGCCUCAAAGGAAUGUAGAAAUUGAUGAUAUAGUUUUAAUCAAAGACUAUAAUCUACCUCGCAACAAGUGGAUGUUAGGCCGAGUAUUAGAAACAAACCCAGAUGAAGCUGGCCAUGUUAGAAAAAUUAAAUUGUUAGUAGCAGAUGCUUUUCUUGAUGAAAAUGGUAAACGCCACAAGACAGCUACAAUUCUAGAAAGGCCUAUUCAUUCAGUUGUAAUGUUAUUGGAAAGUACAACAGGGAAGUCCCCAUCAGGGAGCACUUAAGUCAUUAUGUACUGUAUAUUUUUGUUUUUGUAUGGAAUGGACUAACCUGUAUAUUGUGAUUUUAUAGUUUGUAAAGAAUCUCAUAUUCAUUCCUCAAUAGUAUAGUUAUUGUUUAAAUUGUUAUCACAAUUUAGGGGAGCCAUUGUUACUGUCAUUAGCAUAUCCAGUUAUAUCUGAGUUUUGAAACAAUACUAAAAUACAUUCUACCAAGGUGGACGAGUUACUUCCCACUCUACUGGGUAGAAGUAAACUAUCACAACAACUGCUGCCUCAGAUUCAAGCACAUGAAAUGUGACAUGCUUGUCAUGGAUUUCUUCAUUGUUGUAUGUCUAAUGGAUUAAGUCCCCAAAAUUGUGGUAAGAUACAUUAAUUUGCUUAUGAUAUGUAUUUUUGUACUUUUUUGAUAUUAUGUUUUAAUUUGUACCUUUUGAUAUAGCCAAUGGCAUCCUACCAGUUUUGUAGGACAUGUGGCAAUAGCUUCGAAGGCAUUAGCCUAAAAGUGUUUUUCUUUUGUUUUCAGUUAUACCCAAUUAACGGCUCAUGGUUUAUAUAAUAAAGUACCUACAAAAGGACCAUGGAAUGUUAUUGAUACCCAAUUUGAGAAUCAACACCGAACGGGGCUAAAAUCAACAUAUAACUACAGAGCC